AUGCAGCAAAUCUUCUGCCCAAGCGCCGACGAGCUGAAGGCUUUAUGCGACUCGGUCAUGCUGCGGUUCAAAGCCGAGAAAGGAGUGGCGAGGCCAAAGGGAAGAACAAUGGUCGUCGGGGAUAUUAACGGAAAUAUCAACGAUCUUUGGCGCGCGAUCCAUGCCUGGCUGUCCGAUGUGGUGGACAAAGGGCCCGGGCAAAACAUCAUCUUCCUGGGCAAUAUCGUUGGCCCUAGCCGCCGUCAAUUCGAAUGUCUGAUACUGGUCCUCGCCUACAAGACUCUCUUCCCGAACCAGGUGUGGAUGCUCCGUGGCAGCCAUGAAGAAGUCCCCCUGAACAAAGAUCCGAAAGAGGACAAAAAUACCACAUGCUACGACACCUUCUAUAGCUACAUAACUGGUGCCAACUACUGCAAAGGGGUGGAAGAGAUGUUCUUCGCUUUAUUCGAUAAUAUGCCGAAUGUCGGACUGAUUGACGACCGGAUUCUCUGCGUCCACGGCAUGAUAACGCUCGAGCUCACCAAACAGCUUCUUCAAGAUGGAUGGGAUGUGGCCGCUAAGCAGUAUGAGACCAUGAACAAACAGCUGAGAUGGAACGUUCCCUCCGAACAAGUCGAAUUUUGCGAGCGGAACAGCCGUCGCCAGUACGGUAACCGCUUGGGGCCAAAAGCCAUCAAGGCGGCAAUGGAACGGCUUGGCGUCGAAUUCGUCAUCAGUGGUAGCCAGAUGAGGCGGAACGGCGUCAAACGAAUUGGAGAUCUCCCGGUUGUCACCAUCUUCUCGUCAUCCGGCAUCCGGAAAGCGGUGAAUUCUCCACUUGGCGCGCUUCUUUUCAUCGACCCCGAGAAGAAUGCCAUCAUGCCGAUCUUCCUCGUCAACAUCGACGACAAGAUCCAGACGCAAGAGGAAUUUGACGAGAAGCUGGCUGCUGGAUGGAAAAUCGACAACAAAGAGAAGACGAGGCAG